AUGUCCAAGGACUUUUAUGAUAUCCUUUACCCCAGUACUACAAGUGGAAGACGGGCGAACAAGUCACCUAGUCUAACCAAGUUCUUCGGACUAGACGAUUCGCUGUUUUCCACGAUUGACCAUGAUAUCCACCGGAUGCGCCGCACCGCUCUCUUACCCUUUUUCAGCACUCAAUACGUGAGGAAGAUGCAGCCAGACGUCCAGGAGAGGCUGGAUGUCAUGUUCAAAAGAAUGUCCGGCUUCAAGGAUACGGACGAGCCAGUGAACGCGAACUGUAUGUUCGCAGCGUUUAGCAAUGGUGAGCGAACUCGAGAAAUAACGUCUGAAAAGCGAACUGACAAUUCGGUCAAUGAAGACAUAGUGCAGAAGCUCGCUUUUGGGCGAUGCGCCUACAAACUUGAGACUCCGAGCUUUGAUUCAUCGGACCGCGAUGCUUCUUUGGCAGGCGCACAGUCCUUCCACCUCUUGAAACGUAUGCCAUGGUUAAACACCGUGAUGAUGCCACUUCCGGAAUCACUUGCCAGUCGCCUGAAUCCCGCACUUGGCUCGUACAUGCGUCAGAAGAAGAUGACCCGGAAGCAUGUCGAACGGCUUGCGUCUGAAUCGAAAGACAAAAUGGCGGCAAGCGAGACUGGGGCAAUCUUUCGAGCCGUUCUCGAGUCUCCCAAGCUGCCACCGGAGGAGAGGUCGGUGGGACGGGUGGCCCAGGACGCCCAGAUGUUACUCAUGGCCGGUACACUCACCAUGGCAUCGACACUGGAACACUUGAUCUACUGGAUGGUGGAUAAUCCUGAGGUGCUGAGGAAACUCAAGGAAGAACUGCACAGCGUGAUGCCCUCGGUGGACGACGCCGGCAAAGUCCCGCUUACAACGCUGGAGAGCCUUCCAUACUUGACGGCGGUUAUCAAAGAAAGCGUUCGGUUGAUCUAUGGGAAUUCAACACCCCACUUCCGCUAUGACCCUGACCAGUCCCUGGUUUACGAGGAUAAGACGACCGGUAAGCGCUGGGUGAUCCCCCCAAAGACCUCUGUCGGCAUGACCAGCGUGCUGCUACACCACAACGAGCGCAAUUUCCCCAACAGUAAAAAGUUCGACCCGGACCGCUGGCUGGGCGAUGAGGGCAAAAAACUGGAAAAAUACCAGGUCGGCUUCGGCAAGGGCAGCCGCAUCUGCCUGGGGAUGAACCAGGCGUAUGGGAUCUUACGUCUGGUGCUGGCCCAUCUCUGGAGAUUGUGGGCCAGUCCAGACGCGAAGAUUGGGGACGAGAUUGGGGUGCUCAGUCUGUAUAACACGAGCCCCUACGACGUCCAGAUGAACGGGGACUUUUUCGUGGCGGCGUAUAAUAAGCCCCAGGGUGUCGAGUUCAAACUCACUAGCAUGUAA